AUGACUGACCUUGCCCUCAACCGGGGCAGCACCGACAGUCCCGCCGGGCCGGUCCUCGAUGAAAAGACCGGUAUAGAGACGUCCGGUCUCGAGAAACCAACAGUUCAAACCGACGGCCAGGAGUCAACAAGAGUCAAAGACACCAGGCCGACAACAUCACCAACGACCGACCCUCCUCUCCCCACCGUCAAGCUGCUCGCAAUCCUCGCCGCCCUCGUCCUCAGCAUCUUCCUCUUCGCCAUCGACAUGACCAUCAUCACCAACGCCAUCCCGCACAUCACCUCGGUCUUCCACAGCCUGAACCACGUCACCUGCGGCGUGGGCGGCGCCGGCAUCAUCACGGGGUCCUUCACCAUCAUCGCCCUGGUGGCGCCCCCGAACCGGGCCCCGGCGUGUAUGGCGAUCUUGGGUGUCACGUUCGGCUGUGCUAGUGUGCUGGGGCCGUUGCUGGGUGGUGUUUUCACCGAGCACCUCUCGUGGCGGUGGUGCUUCUUUAUCAACUUGCCGCUGGGGGCGCUUGCUGCUGGGCUGCUUGCGCUGGUGUUCAAGACCCCUGCCGUGGCCAUGCCGCCGGAGGGGGUGUCCCUCCGCGAGAGGCUCCUCCAGCUGGACUGGCUGGGUUUGGUUGUCAUCAUGGGGGCGUCGACGUGCUUCCUGCUUGCUAUGCAGCUGGGGAGUGAGGUUGGUGAGUGGUCGCAGCCGGCCACGAUCGGUCUGCUGGUGGCUUUCAGCGCGCUUGUUGUGCUGUUCAUCCUGGUGGAGUGGUCCCAAGAGGAGAGGGCCAUGGUCCAGUUCCGGAUUCUGAAGCAAUGGCGCAUUCUCGGGAACAUAAUCUGCAUCUUCUUCGUCGCGUCUGUCCAGCUCCCUCUGCUCUACAUCCUGCCGAUCUACUUUCAAGCCGUCACCAACGUAUCUGCUGCAGAUAGCGGGUACCGCACCAUCCCACUCAUACUCGGCGUGUCCAUCUUCACCAUCGUCUCCAACACAUCUAUGCCAAAUAUCCACUGGGCCGUGUGGCUUAUGGCCGGUCCGGUAGUUAUGACCUCGGGAGUUGUUUGCUUGUACACGCUCGAGAUUGGGACACCAUUCGCCAAGGUGAUUGGAUUUCAGGUGCUAGUAGGGUCGGGGAUCGGUCUUGUUUUGCAGGUUCCCAUGGUAGCAAACCAGAAGCUUGCGGACUCCUUCUCCGAUAUCACCGUCGUUACGGGCACAACAUUGUUCUUCGAGGCGACCGGAGCUCUGCUCUUUAUGGCUGCAGCUGAGGCAACAUUUGUUAACGGCCUGGUGAACUGCUUGGGGGAGCAAGCACCGUGGAUUCCUUCGCAUCGGGUCAUUGAGGCUGGGGCAACGGGAUUCAGGCAACGAUUUGGGUCUGAUUCUGGUCUUGUUCUAGCCUGCUCGCCGCAAUUCAAAUAUAUUUGAUUUGUUUAUUCAAAUUCAAAUUCAAACAAACCAAUUCGGCCACCCAGUCAAUCAACUAACAGGGCAAAUUUGAUC